UUUUAGAAAAUAGGUAGAUUAUAAAUAGAGGUUUGGGUCUGUAAAUUAGAUGAUCGAGAAUAUUAUGCCAAAACUGACUUUUUCAGUUCUCCUUCUUCUUCUUCGAUUUCCAUUUCACCGAAACCCUAGUUUCCCCUGAUCUCAGUCCAAAUUUCUCCCGUUCUGCUUUUCCAGCCACCCCAAGGCUCCCGGAGCGUGACAUUUGGUAUAAGAGCGGUCGAUUCUUGGCCGUCUCUUUAUCAAUUUUCACUUUCUGAUUCAUUCUCUUCUUCCCCGUUCUUUCCUUUUGCCCUCUGAAAUCUGAACUCCAUUGCUUCCUCCCAUUUCUGAAAUCUGUGCGAUUUCUCCAUUUUCUUGAUUCGCACCAAACCCUUACUUUGUUUUCCCCUUUAUUUCGCGAUGGAAUUCAUUAAAUCUGAAGAAACUCAAUGCCGGGUUCAAACCCUGCUAUCUUGUCCAUCAUUAGAAGUAAAUCCGUCUGACCCGACACCGUUCAACCUCCCUGAACCUUCACCUUCUGGAAUCCUCCUCUUUUCCGACAAAAAAUUCACCGAUUGGCUUGACCUAAUUGAGGAAUUCUUCUUUCACAAUCGCGUUCCAUCUCAUAUGAAGCUAUUCACUGCUUCAUUCUAUAUGUCCAGCGAGCCUUUAAGGUUUUUGUACGGAUUGACCUACGUUUCCCAAAUAUCGACUUUGGAGGAAUUCGCGAAUCAAUUGGAGCUUAGAUUCGUGUAAUACAUUCGGCCAACCAAACGGAUUAGCUUUUGGGAGGCAUCGUCUGAGGAUACCCUAGUCACUGAGCCAUCACUUGAUCAAUGCAUCGGGUGUAAAUUAGCCUUAGAAGAUGAUGAUGAAGCCAAUCCAUCAGUGGAGGAAUCAACUGAAAUUCCAGCUGCGGUGCUCCAAGAAUUUGACUCUGAGAUGAGGCAAUUGAUGAAAAGGAUAAAUUCUAAUCUGAUGUAGAAGUUAAAAUCUGAAGUUUCCCAUGUGGUUUGCUCAGAAUCAGAAAGUAAUGCUAUGAUUUUAGAUAAGGAUAUUAAAGAACCUGUUGUUCCGGCUGAGGCUAAGUUUGAUUUCAGUCAUGAUGAUGAAAUGAUUCUAAAUGAUUGUGUUGUGCCGCUGAGUGUUGUUUCCACUGAUAUGUUGAAUUCUGUUGAAUCAGCUGAUGUUUUAAAUCAUUUUGGGAAUGUCGGAUUUGGCCCGGACUCAUUUGAUUUUGAACCGGGUGGAAUGGUAAAUUCGUGUACUGGAAAAACUAUUGGAAAAAGUAUGCUCUCUAUUAAUGAUGAUGUUAAUUUUUCACUUGAGUGUGUGGGUGUUACUUGUAUGAAUUCUGGGGGUAAUGAGGAAACAGGUGAAAAAGGUGUUGUGAGUGUUGUUUCUCUCAUUUUGAAUGAUUUGAAUGUUGAUCAAGGGACUGAUGAUAAUAUAGAUUUAGAUUGUUGCUAUGUGUCAGUAAUUAGAGUUUCAGUUGAAAUGAUGAAAGCACUUGGCAGAAACGAUAGGGCAGUUAAUUUCUGGAAUGAUAAUGGAAAGAUAAGCAGUUUGAUUGGUCAAGAGAGUCGAUUGAACUCCUUUUUUGUUGAUCCUGGAGGUUUAGAAAAUCUUCCUUGCAUACUGAGAGGUGCUGCCUUCUUAUCUGAUUAUGGUAAUACUAUAUUGGUGGAAUGUCCUCAACUGAACAAAAUAUGGCAUCCUUUUAGUAUAAGGGGGUUUGGGUUUAUUCAGUGGUUUGGUUAUUCUCGAGUUAUUCUCGAUUUUAUUGGAUGUGAAGAGUGGAAUGACGCUUCAGAGACUUCUGAUUUUGAUAAUCCUCUGGAGGUGACUGAUGAUUGGAAGAAUCGACAUUUUAACCUUGGAAUUCGACUGAACUGGGUUGCUGUUGAGCCUGGUGAUGACAACUUUUUUGUAAGUAAAAUUUCUGACAGAUUCUGUGUGAACAAUUUAAUUAGAAGGAUUCCUCGUGGUUGUUUUGUAUUUGGUGGGGUGAGUUCUCGUUUCAAUGGCGGUAAAGACUCAAGCCCUUUUUCUGUUAUUCUUGGAGGAACCCCAAAGAUGGUUAGUAUUAAUUCUGAUAGUGAUGGACAUGGGUUUGUUAAUUCUUGCUGCAAGUAUAUGGGCAUUGAAAUCAACUGGACAAGAGAUUAUGGGAGGAAAAAUGAUUAUAUGUGUUUAGGUACUGAUUUUGGUUCAAUCCUGCGUCAAACUUUAUUGACAAAUGGUUAUGGCAAUGGGUUAAUCACCACGAGACUUGGUGAUGAUGAUAGUGAAACUAAGUCAUGGCCUGAAGUAGGACUGAUUUUCAAGGUGGUACUGAUUUAAGAAGAUUGGUCAUUUCUGUCGGUUUAAUCCUUGAGGGCAAGGAUGUUUCUAGUGGCAAGGGAUGGGACGAACUUCAGCUGCAGAAUUUAAUGGUUGAUGGCGUCAUUGUUUUGUCUAGGGAUCAUGUGAAGAAGCAGCUCAUCACUGGCUUUUCCGGUAUAGUGUCUUUAAUGAUAUUUGGUAGUACAAUCUGGAAUUUAGUUGCUGAAGAUGAUAAGUUUCUCAGUGUCAAUGCUAUCAAUGAUAAUUAUGAUUUUGAUGUUAUCAAACAUGCUUGGUUAUUGUAUGAUGAAAUGAGUGGACUAUUGUUUGAGCCUACAUGUAUUUUUGAUCAUUUCGCUGAAGUUGUUGAAUAUUGUGUAGCUACUAGAUUUAAAAGAAAUACUAGAAUUGUUGAUGGAGUUUCUCUUUAGUAGAAUGAGCUAUAUAGUCUGGAAGCUAGAAACAGUUUGUGGCUUAUCGGUGGUAAUGGUAGUAGCAUGUUAUCAAAAAGUACCACAUAUUUGAAGCUGAAUACUUCUCUCUCUGUGAAUGUUAUGUAAAUUAUGUCUUCAAAGUUGAGAAGCUUAUUGGUAAGGAAAUGAACUUUGUUUGGUGGGUUGCCUGGCACGUAUUAGUAGCUGUUCUUAUGGAGACUUUUAAUGGAGCUAAGAGCUCAUAUAUUAUUAAGAAAAAUCUGAUUUUUGUUGAAGAAUAUAUGCACUGUGAAGAUCAGGUUCUGCGUAAGGAAUUUGCUAGUAAUUCCAUUUGUGUUGUCAACCCUAUUGUUCUGGAAAUGGUCCUUAUUAUGUCGGGUGAAACUGCUGAAAAUUGUGUAGCUACCAGACUUAAAGGAAGAUCUGUAACUGGGAGUUUUAUUGACAGGGUUCAAGAUGUUUAUUCUGAAAUCUUGAAUGAAACAAUGUUAGGUGUAGUGCCCAGAUUAAGUUAUACCUUUGAAAAAUUUGAAGGAUGUGUUGAGGGCAACUCAAAAAGUGUCAGAGGCUUGGUACCCAUUCGGAAUUGUCUUGAUCCUAAUUGGGGACAAAAUGAAUGGAAAUCAAAACCUCAAAAAGCAUCAGUUAUCUUAUGAAUUGAUCAUUUGGUUCCAGAUUGGUACUGUUUCCAACAUUGUGCUUUGUGCCAAUCAUUCCACUUGGGGCUAUUGUGUAUCCUUGCCAUAUGAUCCGGGAGGAUCGAUUAUAUAUUCAGUUCCAUUUGGUUUAAUUGCUGCUGAAAAUAAUGGAUUCUUUGAUAUUAGACAAGGUUUAUACAGGACUCAUCCAGGAUUGGUCUUAAAUCAAUACAGUGGUAGCUCUGUAACACAGUAUUUAGGUUGGGGAGCAAGGAAGUUGAAAGCAUGGCAUGAAUUGUUGUCUAUCUUUGAAGGAGGAACAACCUACUGAAGAGAACCAGUAGCUGUUGUGAUAGUUGAUGAGAUACAUUUCAUUGGAUGAUUGCUUGGAUGGAACUGAUUAUUGUGGAGGUCUCAAAUCUGAAGGACCAUAUGUUUUGGUUCACCGAGUAGAUAGCAUUGGUUUGAUAUUGGUUGCUGUGGAAUACGGAAGAUCGAGAUCGAGAGUAGUUCUCCAUUUCACUUUUUUUGAGUCUGUUGUUUUUCUUUCCAUUGUUAGUUUCUGUUAAUUUUUUGUUGUUUCAUUUUGAAGUAGUAAUUCGUGUAAUGACAGUCUUGUCCCAAGACUGUUUUUAGUGGAGGAGUUUGUCAUGCCCUUAGACUAAAAUAUAGACAAUAGAAAGUAGAAGGACCAAAACGUCAUUUUAGAAAAUAGGUAGAUUAUAGAUAGAGGUUUGGGUUUGUAAAUUAGAUGAUCGAAAAUAUUAUGCCAAAACUGAAUUUUUCAGUUCUCCUCCUUCGAUUUCCAUUUCAUCGAACCCUAGUUUCCCCCGAUCUCAGUCCAAAUUUCUCCCG